ACAGAACGAACAAUCCGCAUCACCAUGCUUUCAUAGCUGCUAUUUCCAUCAUCAUUAAGGUGUCGGUGAGAUUUGAUCCUUUUUUGAUGAAACAGCACUUUCAGUGUUAAUUCAGACAAUAUUGUGCAUUAUUGUAAGUGGUUUUAUGUGCCGUAUUAAAAAGUGGCGCGUACGAUCUACACAAAAUACCAACGACAGGGUGACACAAUUUGUUUUUGAAAAUGUGCAAAUUGUUUUAGAACAACUCAAACCGGCUUGAACAUUUUUUAGAACUACGUGCAGGUCGAACCCGUUUACGUUCGAAGUUAUGUCAAAACUUCAAAGCAAACGGCUUCGCAGAGCGGACGGUUUUAUUUUGCAGCUGCUAUUGUUUAACUAAUUUGUGAUUUUCGAUCGUUCCUUGUUCGGAAAACAAAAGUGCACUGAAAAUGUUGGAUCCGGUUCUGCAGCGGCACUUGAAAGGCCAUCGGGGAAAACUGACCGGCCUGUCGUUCAACCCGGAAGGGACGCGUUUUGUGACGAGCUCCGUCGACCACUCGGCAAUCGUGUGGACCAACAACGAACAGGUACGCUGUAUGCGAUUCGAGGCUCACACGGAGGUUGUGAACGAUGUUUGCUGGUCACCGGACGGUAGAAUCAUAGCAACCGUAUCCAAAGAUCGUUCCGUCAAGAUUUGGGUCCCUUCCAUGCUGGGUAACUGCGAUGAGUUCCGGGGCCACACCUCGAACGUACGCUCGGUAGAUUUCGAUCCGACCGGCAAAAAGUUGCUCACCGCCUCGGACGAUAAGACGAUCAAGCUGUGGAAAGUGUCCCGCAAGCAGUUUCUGUCCUCCUUUACCGGACACACGAAUUGGAUACGAUGUGCUCGGUUUUCACCGAAUGGUAAAAUGAUCGCCUCCUGCGGUGACGAUCGUACGUUGAAACUGUUUGAUCCUGCCACCGGGCAGUGUAUUCACACAUUUUACGACCAGAAGGGAGCCGGAUGUAAGGUGGCCUGGCAUCCAGAUAGUACGCUGGUGGCUAUUGCCUUAGACAACUGCAGGGUGAAGAUAUUCGAUGUGAAUAUCAGGAAGUUAAUUCAGUACUACCGCAUCUACGAUGGUUCCGUCAAUUCACUCGAUUUUCAUCCGUCUGGAAAUUAUCUCAUAACGGGAAGCGACGAUGGUGUGACGAAAAUCAUCGAUCUACUGGAAGGCCGUCAAAUAUUUACACUCACCGGCCACCGUGGUCCUGUCACGACGGUGAAGUUUUCGAACGAUGGACAGCUAUUUGCGACGGGAAGCGAAGAUUGUCAUGUUAUGCUUUGGAAGGCAAAUUUGGAACAAGAUUCGGCACAGAAUUCACUCUACUCAGCGGACAGUACCUGCGAAAUAACAAAUCCAACUGGUGGCGAGCGAAAAUUUACCUUCAAUCGAGACGUAACCGAGGCACAUGCCGACGAUGAUGAUUCUGCCUACAAUUGUAACAAGGAAAAUCUUCCUGAUACGAGCAUUUUUGUUGAUGCAACCAAAACGGAAAACUUCAAAAUAUCGGAUGCCGUAGAGGAAAUCGUAAUCAAACUGAAUAAAUCUUUCCCCGAAAACAAACGUACAGAAGCGCACGGACUGAGUGUCAGUUUUACAGGAAAACGCCAACAGGAACGAUCUGCUGUAGCUCCAAAUCAAACGUGUGGCCCAUCUGGCAGCAAUCGAACUGACUUCGAGGAACACGUUCUUCUCCGCCUCAACAGCAUUAGCCGAAGGAUGGACAGCUUUCAUAGAAGAAUCUCCUUGCUUGAAGAUAUCUUGCUCGAUCGAUCGUAA